AAAUAUAAAUUAUAUCCACCCUCGUCUUUCCAUUAAAAUUAACGUUUACACAAAACACAUUCGGAUUCGUCGAAAAUGGAGAAAGCAAUCAACAGACAGAAAGUGUUGCUGGAGCACCUCCGCCCUUCUAAUUCUUCUUCUCACAAUUACGAGUCCGCUCUCUCCGCAGCAGUAUGUGCUGCAGGGGAUAGCUCCGCGUAUCAUAGGGCAUCUGUUUAUGGAGACGAUGUGGUGAUUGUGGCAGCUCAUCGUACUGCACUUUGCAAAUCAAAAAGGGGCGGUUUCAAGGACACUUAUCCGGAUGAUUUACUUGCACCUGUUUUGAAGGCAUUGAUAGAGAAAACAAACUUGGAUCCGAGUGAAGUUGGGGACAUUGUUGUGGGAUCGGUUUUGGCUCCAGGGUCCCAAAGAGCUAGUGAAUGCAGGAUGGCUGCAUUCUAUGCUGGUUUCCCUGAUACUGUGCCCCUUAGAACUGUCAAUAGGCAAUGCUCAUCUGGUCUUCAGGCAGUUGCUGAUGUAGCUGCUGCUAUUAAAGCUGGCUUUUAUGAUAUUGGUAUUGGAGCUGGGUUGGAAUCCAUGACUGCCAAUCCAAUGGCUUGGGAAGGAUCAGUCAAUCCAAAAGUGAAGAAAUUUGAACAAGCCCAGAACUGCCUUCUUCCCAUGGGUAUUACUUCAGAAAAUGUUGCACAUCGUUUUGGUGUGACAAGGCAGGAGCAAGACCAGGCUGCUGUUGAGUCUCAUAGGAAGGCUGCUGCUGCUACUGCUGCUGGCAAGUUUAAAGAUGAAAUCAUCCCUGUGGUUACCAAGAUUGUUGACCCGAAAACUGGUGAUGAGAAACCUGUUACAAUCACAGUUGAUGAUGGGAUUCGACCAAAUGCAUCAUUAUCAGAUUUGGGAAAGUUGAAGCCCGUGUUUAAGAAAGAUGGGACCACCACAGCUGGAAAUUCUAGUCAAGUGAGUGAUGGUGCUGGUGCUGUUCUGCUCAUGAAGAGAAGUGUCGCUAUUCGUAAAGGCUUACCCAUUCUUGGUGUCUUCAGGACUUUUGCUGCUGUUGGUGUUGAUCCUGCCAUCAUGGGUGUUGGCCCAGCUGUGGCAAUUCCGGCUGCGGUUAAGGCUGCUGGUCUUGAACUUGAUGAUAUUGAUCUUUUUGAGAUAAAUGAGGCAUUUGCAUCCCAAUAUGUAUAUUGCCGUAACAAGCUUGGACUUGAUCCAGAAAAGAUCAAUGUUAAUGGAGGUGCAAUGGCCAUUGGACAUCCUUUGGGUGCAACAGGUGCACGGUGUGUUGCCACACUUUUGCAUGAGAUGAAGCGUCGAGGCAGGGACUGCCGCUUUGGAGUGAUAUCAAUGUGCAUAGGCACAGGGAUGGGGGCAGCCGCUGUUUUUGAGAGAGGUGACAGCGCGGAUGAGCUUUGCAAUGCCAGGAAAGUUGAAACCAACAGUCUCUUAUCAAAGGACGCUCGGUAGAAAUGUAGAAUACAUUUAUUAGUUGCUGCACUUCUUAUCUAUUGUCAUGUUUGGGAUUGGGAAAUUAAUAAAGCAUUGUAAUAAAAUUGUUGUGUUCUCAUUUACUAAACUGAACUCUCCAGUUAAAUAGUUGAUUAUUUUCAGGUUUUAUACAAAUUAAAGUAACUCUUCUUUAGCCA